AUGAAGCGAGUUCCUGUGUCAAAGUGCAGCACGUACACAAAUGUGCAGGAGUGUUGGUCUGCACAGGAUCCAUACUGUGGUUGGUGUGACUCUAAAAGCAGCUGCACAUUUGAAGAUGACUGCACAGAUUCAGACUGGCUGUCCAUUCCUGAUGAGUCCCAACACAAAAUGAUUUCUCACAAAGUUGAAAAGGACACAAAUGGACAGAUUUUACUGAAACUCCACACACACCUGACUGUGGGCCAGAAAGUGUCAUCCAACUUUACCUGUCUGCAUGUCACAGUGAAAUUUAGACUUGGUUCAACACAACUGUCAGAACAGCUGAGGUUGACCAACUGCUCUGACAUCAGUGGACCACCAAGUUCAGUCUUGUGUCAGCAGUGCAUCAAAGCUGGUUGUGGAUGGAACAUAAACAGAUGUUCCUGGGCCGAUCAAACAGAGAUCAAUGACAGUGUUUGCCAAAAUGUGCAGUCUGGGAAGAACUUCUCUAUCCCAGAGAUCUCCUCCAUCACUCCCAGUGUGGUGUCUUUCUACGGUAGAAACCACGCAGUGCUGUCAGGUCAUAACCUCGAUGAUGUGACUGCAGUGAGGAUCCAGGCAGAUACUGACUGUGCUCCAAAAGAAUCUCCUGUUUGGGACAACACUGGUUUCAGUCUGAUGUUCCACAUUCCCACUUCAGAUAUCAAAGGUGUGGUCAGGGUAUGUCUUCUCCUCCCAGAUGGUCGUUGCCAUGGCAAAGCUAAAAUCACUUACAGCUCAUUACCAUCAUGCACCAACAUUACUCCCAGCAGCAGCUGGAUCAGUGGGAAGAGGAAGAUCACACUCAUGGGGUCUCACCUUAACUUUGUUGAAGGGGUCGUCCACAGCCACGCAAUGCAGGAUGUCAGACUUCCCAGAAACAUCAGCUCUCAGUACCUCACCUACGAUUCACCUGCAGCUAGGAGUUUUUCUAGCAGCACUCUGUUUGUGAAACUAGCCAAUGAAACCUUAGCCUGCUCCACAAAACUCUCCUACGUUCCAGACCCUGAGUUUACAAGCGUCACAGCCACAAGGACAGGGGAAGAUGUCCACAUCACCAUUCAGAAAAAAGCAGACAACCUGGAGAUGAUGAUAGAAGAGUUAUCAGUGUGGGGCAUUCAAGACAAUACAAAAUACCAGUGCAUCAUGGAAGCCAAAGAAACCUGGACCAACACUGACUUUUUCACCUGUGGAUUUAAAAGCCCAUCCAACCAUGAAUUUGAGGAGUUACUGAUAAAGUAUGGUGACAGGACAGUAAGUCUUGGGCUUGAGUCCCAGUUACACAAAGCCCUUCAGAUAUUGCGUUUCAUGCUGAUACCCUGUGUUAUUGCAGUGUUGAUGAUUAUCUAUUUCUGGCAGAAGAGACUCACCGUUGAGAUGAAUAAGCUCUGACCACUGACCAGCCUGAGUGUUCUUGGGAAAAAGUUUGUCUUAGGACAGGCAUUGUAAAGCUUCCUGCAGAGUUUGCUUUGUUUUAUUUUUUCUUUCUCUCUUUACGAUUUUAAUUAUACUGCAAAUGUGUUUUAACUGAAAUCAACAAAUUAUUUUAUCUGUUGUAUCCUUUAUCUUUUGCAUAUUUAGUGUAACAGGUUUUAAAUGUGAUGUAAAAAACAUGUGGGACAUCUGGGUCCAUAAGUAUUUGGACAACUACACAGUUUUUGCUUCAGUUCAUGAAGUUUAACAAAAUUAUUACGAAGCUGUUUAGGAACUGAAACUAUUUUUCUUUGUAGUUUCCAUUUACAGAUGCUUUGGUUCUUCAUAAACGGGCCAAAUAAACUUUUAUUUCAUGCUAAAUGUUGUAGGCCAACAGUGACCCCUGGUGGCUAAAAUGAAUUUGGAGGUUUUACGCCUCACAGGAUUUGUGUUAAUAAAAUAAUCAUCAUAAUUUAAAAAUCA